UGUCAGAUUUGAAGGGCUUGCCAUUGACGUAAUAAUGUAAAAAGCAAUAUUAACAUUAAAAUGUGAAUUAAACAAAUUUAAGUAACCUUGCUGAGUGCUGCGCUGUAUAAUAAAAUGAAUUGUGAUAUAAUCCCGAAACUCGUGAUCUAUAUGUUAGACCAUAAUAAAAAUCAUUCCAAUGACAUUAAACAAUCUGUGAAUUUAAUAUGAGACAUCUGAAAAUGUGUAACUAGAGAAAUGUUUCAUGAACGAAUAGAGAUUCAUAUUCGGCUGUUACGGACAUGGCUUUAAUUAAUAUCUAAUCAAAAAAUCAGUAAUAUUUGCUGUCAAAAUGGAGCAUGCUGAGUUAGUGAAUGAGAUGGCUCAUAUUGAGCAUCUCACGAAUCCAGAAAGAUUGCAGCUAGCACGUCUCCGUCGCGUUCAACAGAUAAAGCUAUGGAAACAACGUGAAAAAGAAUGGAUGCGUCAACAUGGUAAAAAGGAGAGAUCUUCAAAUAAACCCCACAUAUAUUUCAGUGAUGGGGUUAUGUUGUUGGAAGCUGCAGCUAGAAAUGAUGUCUCUGAAGUUCGAAGAUUGCUGCAGAAAGGUGUAACACCAGAUGCAACAAACGAGGACGGUUUAACUGCUUUGCAUCAAUGUUGUAUUGAUGAUAAUGAAGAAAUGUUGCGUCUUCUGUUAGAGUACGGAGCUGAUGUAAAUGCCCAGGAUAGUGAGCGCUGGACGCCAUUGCAUGCAGCCGCUACGUGCGCACAUUUGCAUCUUGUGCGAUAUCUUAUUGCUCGGGGUGCUAACUUGCUAGCUGUGAAUGCUGAUGGUAACAUGCCGUAUGAUAUCUGUGAAGAUGAUUCUUGUUUGGAUUACAUUGAGAGCGAAAUGGCCAGACGGGGAGUAACUCAAGAACUUAUUGAUGAAACUAGAGCAGCAACUGAAACUAAAAUGCUAGAAGAUUUACAGAUCAUUGCAGCUGCAGGUGGAGACUUAGAGGUGGUUGAUCAUCAGGGUGCUACACCCUUGCAUAUUGCGGCCGCAAAUGGUUAUAUUCGGGUUGUAGAGUUUCUACUAGACCAGCAUGUUUCAACCGAUCCUAAAGACCAUGAUUUGUGGCAGCCUGUACAUGCAGCCGCCUGCUGGGGUCAUCUCGAAGUCUUGGAAAUGUUAGUCCACAACGGUGCCGAUCUUAAUGCUAAAAAUCGUCAUGAAGAAACUCCAGCAGAUAUUUGUGAAGAUCCUGAAUUACGUGAACGGAUAAAACAUCUUCGAACUGAACAAGAGAGCAAAAGAUUGCAGGAGCAACAAAGAAAACGUGUGCGCCGAUCACAAAGCAACAAUACGCGCACUCAAUCCGUUCGUCGUACAUCUAUUCGGGACAAAACGCUCACCACUAAGAAGGACACUGCUGAAGAAGCAAAAUUACGUUUACAGGCACAAGAGUGGUCUACAGCUCACAAUACUCAAAGUUUCGGAAAUUCAAUCUCCAGAAGUAUUAAUAACAAUAAUGUAUAUGCUCAAAAUGGACCACAGUAUGCAAAUACAUAUUCUGUUAACAUGCCAAAUAAUAGCAAUGGGGUUGUAGUGGAACCAAUUAAUAAUAGUAUAGUAGAUAGCACUGAUUUUGGUGCUAGACGUGCUCCCGAAGGAAAAGACAAUGAUUCAUUCAUAAUGGAUAAUUCAAAUAUAAGCAGUAUGAUAUCAAGUGAAUGUGUUGAGAUACCUACUGAGACCUUUUCUACUAGUGAUAAUAAUGGAAAGAUUAAUGUUCAUGUUACAGUUAUGAUUAAUUCAGGAACUCUGGCAGAAUUAAAAAAGCAAAGAGCUCAAACACGUCAAUCAUCAGAACAUUCAUCACCAGCAUCACCAACAAAUUCUCAAGAGCCAGGUCUUGUAACUGAUCUAGUUCCAGUUAAUGCAAUCACUGGUACAAAUACAAACACCAGUGAUGUUAGUCCAGGUGUACUUAAAUUUAGUGGGAACACAGGAGAAGUUGUUGGAGAUAGUUCUUCCCAUAGUUGCUGCAUCAUUCUUUAAUCAGUACGUAACAUAUAUUACAUAUCAAAUAUGGUAUUAUUACAUAAGAUAUUUAAAAUUAAAAUUAAACCAUUUCACAAUGGAAAUAUUUAAAAGUUAUAACUUUUAAAGACAUCACAAAGACACAAUAAAUUGUGAUAA